UGGACUUUAUGGAUUGGACACCUCAGCAGAAUAAUUCCUUAAACUUUAGAUUUUUGUAUAAAAAAAUCUUGAAUUUCAAAGCUAUACAUUUCGUAAACAUAAAAGUUACGAUCACCUCUCAAACAAUGCGUUCCUUAAACAUCGGUAUGCAAAAGUGUAAUUAGAAAUAGUUGCGUCAUGCACGGCUCAAUGUUCAUUAAAAAUUUGUGUAUGUAAUGUAAUAAAGUCACGAGGUUCACAUUGCACACCAACCAAGUAUUUUCCUCUUAUAUAGUAAUAUUAUAAUUUAUUGAAUGAAAUACAACUUAUUUGUAUAAUGGGAAGCUACAUUGCAUUAAGAAUAAUUGGGGCGUUAAUGUUGCUAUCCUCAGCCCCAUUUGUUUUUGCAUAUAUAGAAUGCUCCACAGUCUCUCAACUGUUUUCUUCAUGCUCAAUCUUCAUCACUUAUGGUACCCCAGACCCAAUUCCAGGGUCCCCUUGUUGUGAUGCAAUGUCUGGGUUGAGUAUAAUUUCUAAUUCAGGUGAUAAUAAGCAAUCUGUUUGUAGAUGCAUAAUGGGCCUCAUUCAAACUUACAACCCAAAUGCUACAGCUAUAGGUACCUUGCCAGGUUUAUGUGGUAUCUCUUUGGGCUUCAUACUUGACCCCAAUGUAGACUGUAGUUUAUAUGGAAUUUCUUCUGGGCUUGGCCUUAACUAAGUGUAAGGCCCAUAAUCUACUUUUUAUACUAUUCUAUUUAUGCAUCAUCUAGAAACAAUUGUUGACGAAUUACAAGGUAAAAUAAGAUAGAAUGUCUUCAGUUAUGGAGAAGAGAUUUUAUGAUUCACUAAUGGAUAUAAUAAUACAUUGUUUGUUGUAAUUUGAUUAGUGAAGUGCAUUGAUCUAUAGAAGUGGAUAAAAUGUAAUUUAGUUUCAUUAAAGUUCUUCCAAAUGAGCAUCACACUUAAAUGUAAAUUAAACGGUUAAUUUACAAGCACAUUUACUCAAUUUAACCGUGGUAAUUCAUUAUUUUCUCAGAGUUGUCUUAGAAGUACAAAGUAGUAUUUAUAAUCUAGGGGUUUAAGGACUAAUUAAUCGGAGACUUUUUCAACUUUUAAUCACAUCUCAUGAACAUAAUAAAUUAGUAAAUUAGUCUGACAUACGUGAAGACAAGGAAAAGUCAUAACACAUACAACACAAAACUAUUGAAGAAAAAAAGAAUUAAUUGAAUUCUAUUUUA